AUGUGGCUGAAUAGAAGCGGAAUGGCGACAACAAUUGUGGAGGGUGAGGUACAACAAUCGAGGGACAUAAGAGAAGAAGGGUGUGAGAAGCGGUACAUUAAAAUGUCUCUUGGGCUGCCAUACAACCGCGCAGCAGGAUCAAGUACACGCUAUCCUCGCCACGGACGAUCGUCUCAUAUUCUCUUAAGCCCCCGCAGGAACGGGAAUAACGCACACCAUGGCGAUAUGUCUAUGCGAGUUGGUCGCCCGAAAUUUAGGAAUCAUCCUAGUGGCCGCAAUCACCAAUCGUGUGAUCCAGAGUACUGCUUAAAAGACUUUGAGUUAGAAUACACGAAAAGAAGGCUGAGGCACGAUGAUCAGGCGUAUAUGGAGGGUGGAGCGUGUCAACUAAUGCUCCAGAUUAAAACACCAAAAAUAGUGUUCGACACCAUCCAGCUGAUUCUAAAUCUCAUCAGUCAGUCGGCGGACAAACAUGAUCUAGGAGAUUUCAAGUUCCUCAUAAUAGAGAAAUACAUUAGUGAGAAUACAUUCCUACGCCUGGGCCAAGAAGCUGAUCUGUUAAUCCUUGUCACUACACGUUUAAGAAAAACGGAGCCUGCAACAUCACAGCAACGUCGCUUCCUGCUCGACCCUCAACGAACGACGGUGGCCUUAUCCAAAGCAAAAGAAGGGUCUUUUUAUCAUUGGGGGUCAAAGUCUCUUGCUUCGAAAGGACAUCUGACGCCGGUACCUCACGAAAUGCGACGUCACCUGCGAACUGGCCGAAUUAAACACAUGGCUGGAGAAGCACUUAGAAGGAUAAAAUUUGAACUGAGCGAGUUUGACUUUGGUGAAUUGAACGCCGUUUUUGCGAAAGGCGGUCUACAGAAGAAUGGACAAAAAGACAGAGGAGACGCCUUGCCACUCUGUUCUCUCACACAACGAAGCUCUAUUCCGAUAUAUUUUAAAAAAUUAUUCGAAAAGUAUCUUGGUGUUUCACAUGCAAGGAGAAAGGUGUUACGAAAAACAGCACGUGAUCAAGUUCCUUUGGACAACUACGUGUCUUCAGUUUUGUUUCACUAUUGGCUGGUGUCAAAUAGUUGUGCGCCUCUCGUGCCCUGUGUGACUGCGGUUCCUGUACACUCGGCGGUUUGGUUAACUAGUUCAAGUCGGAUUCGCAAUUUCCUAAUUCCAUCUUUUGGGGGAGCCAUGGAAGUAACAGGAUGCGCUUGGAGGGCAUUAAUGAAUUGCGAUGAAGAUGCACCAACAGAUCAAUCACCUCUGCAAGGAUUUUUAUGUCCGUUCUGCAUUCAAGAUUUAGGAGACGUUAUUCGAUUACAAGCGCAUGUUCAAAAUUGUCGCAAAGGUUUUCUGCAUUCAGGAGAGUCUUUCAAAGGUAUUGUCUGCGUAGCCAAGCAAAAAAUCCUCAGAUCAGAAAAGUCAACAUUUUCGUCACUUUCCAUUCCAGAAGCUACUGUUUCUGUUCCUGCUGUCGACGCUGGUCAUGUUUCAGAUAAGAGUGGAAAUGCUUUGCAGCAGAUUUCUGCACUUCACGUUCAAGAGGCAGGUACUUCUCGAAGCCAUAACAAAUAUUUUUUUGAAUGCCGUGCCCUGAGUAUCGAUAAGACAACAGUUCAAACAAAUAAACUCAUAAUGCGGCUUGAUAAACUCAUAAACCAAGGACCGAUUGAAGGGCAUGGUAGGAAGGAUUUUGAGAAGGAAACCGUUUCUUGGCUGGCAGAUAGUGAAGUAAAGAACUGUCAAAUUUGUUGUGCCUCCUUUCAUCAUUUCUCACGUCGUAGGCACCAUUGCCGUCUCUGUGGUUCUAUAAUGUGUGGCUCCUGCUCAGUAUUUUUGACAUUUUCUGAAGCACAAAGGUUAAUUAACCCUGUUUACGGUGGAUUGGGAGAUGUGGACGGGGAUAAUAAGGAUGAAAAGCAGUACAUGGAAGAUCAAAUGCCGAUGACUCACUCAUUUGGGAACAACUUGAAGGAUGUUUUAAAAAGUAAAAAGCUUUUAUCCGUUCGCCAGACUGGCGAGAAAUUGGUGCACAUGACUUUUUCACGGCAGAAGAAAGUCGAAGGGAAUGCGAGUGGUAAAAAUGAGAAGUGGAAUAAUGGCGAAAAGCUGCGGUUAUGUGCAUACUGUUUCAAUUUUUUGGAUAAGUGGAAAGAGAAAGUUGAACGAGUGGUUACUCCCCAUCCUCUUGUACCUUUAUAUGAGGAGCUGUGCGCGUUGCUGCGUGAGGUUCACAGACUAGCCUUAUCCUAUUUACGUAUGGCAGAAUCUUUAGGAAAAGGAGAAACGGUUUACACGUUGGAUGUGGCUUCUCAAUUACGACGGAAAAUUAAUUCCUUGCAGGCUCAAAUUGAUACUUUAAGUUUGCUCUUCUUCGUUUACAUAGUAGAUGUUUGCAGUAGUAAAAUUGAAAUUCUUGGAGUAAAUGAUAACAACUCAAAAAUGAGUCAACGUGAGCUGGACGUUCAGAAACAGAUAAGAUGUUUGGCAGUUCAGACUAUACAGGAAGUUGUUUGGCAACUAGCUCCGCUACCCACUGAAGAAAAGUUUAAGGAGCUUCAGGAAAAACGACUCAAUGAAUGUUUGCAGCAGAAUGAAAUGGAGUACAAAAACCAUUAUUCUAAUUCCUUGCCAGUUUUACCGUCGUUAUCUGAAGUGAUGACAGAGAAACCCCUAGUAACAAUGGAAACUCCAUUACUGGUGGAGACAGGACAAGGAAAAGAAGAUCAGGGUUGGGUACCCGGUUUUGGCUUUCGCCAAAAUCCGUUCAGUACUAGUCCUGAACAGAUUGAUCCUUUAGAGGAGCAGAUCUUCAAUAUAAAAAAUUUUCUGAACCAGGCGAUAAAAGAUGGGCGUCUGGAAGAAGUAAACAUUUUGGAAAAAAAUUUGAAAGAUUUGCAAGACGAAAUGGACAGGAGAAAAACUUUGUGUACAAACGAGGAAAAUGGCUCACAAGGAUAA